UUGUAGUCCGGAAGUUUUGCUUUCGUCUGCUGAGGUCGUACAGUAUGAACGAUGUAAUUCGUUAUCAGUGUUGUUAAUCUAAUGACGGAUGGUGAAUUAACCAGAUUUACGCGUCGCUCGUCUUUGCCUUCGCCGGUUCAUCUGUCAGAUGUGAAACACAAGCGCUUCGGAAUGGCAGAUGAAGUGUUUAUGAACUGGACGGUCAUUGUGCUCACGUGUCAACAUAAAGACAGUGUUUAUGCUUUCCAGAGAGAGUUGGAAGUGAGACAGAAGCGGGGUGUUCUCUCAGCUGGAGCUCUCCUGCUCACUGUUCCUGACCCACACGCCCGGCUGGGCAGCGGCGGGGCGACACUGAACGCCCUUCUGGUGGCUGCUGAGCACCUGAGCGCUAGAGCUGGAUAUAGUGUGGUGAAUGCUGAUGUUCUGGACGAUGCUCAUAUUCUCAUCUUGCACACGGGUAGAGAUUUCCCAUGGGAUGGCUGCAGCAGGGCUUUCUGCUGGAUGUCUGUUCAAAGAUCAGCAUCUGUAGAAGGACCGGUUUGCUGCUUAGAUCUGCUAUUAGAUUGUUUGUCCACGAAGAUUUGCGUUGGGUCUCCGCCAGGUGUUUGGGUCUGCAGCACUGAUAUGAUCCUCAAUAUUCCAACACGACAGUUGAUGUCAUGGGACGGGUUCUCUGGUGUCCGAGUUGUUGCGUUGCCGGGUGAUGUUUCCUUUGCUGUUCAACACGGCGUCUAUGUCGCUGAUAAAGAGGCCAGAGUGCGCAACAUCAUCUAUAAGGGCUCAAAGGACAAGAUCAUGUGUGCUGCAAUGCCUGAUGGGAAGUUGCCAUUGGUCUCAGGGCCUGUGUUCUUCUCCAAGGCGGUCGCAGAGAGACUCUUACAAACACAUGUUACUUCACCGUUGGAUGGCUGCACUUAUCUCGGCAUGGACUCUGGAGCUCCACCUCUUGAGAUAUCUCUCUUCCUGGAUAUCCUGAUGUGUCUUUGCUCUGAUCUGACAGAGAAUGAGUUUAUUAAUGGAGAGAGACCAGGCUGCACUUCCCCCUCUGGACCUCAGGGGGCAGUAGUGAGAAGCGGCCGUGCUGUGCUGUGGAGAACCCUCAGAGGAGCCUCAAUAUCUAUGUUGUAUAUUCCAGAGGGCCGCUAUGACUAUUUGACUCAAUCAGGCAGAGAACAUGUCGUUCGACUCACUGAAUCCAGAUCUGACACGAGGAUUCUCGCUCAUGUUCAGAACGUAAAGUCUGUGGCGGAGGGAAGCAGGGUCAUCAACGGCGUGUUGGAAGGAGAUGUUCGUAUAUCAACAGGAGCUGUCGUUCAGCACUGCCACCUACAGGGUCCAGUUCAGGUGCCUUCUGGGUGUCUGCUGGCAGGGCUGGAUCUGAUCUCAUCACCUUGCCUCCAGCGUCUACCUCUGUCUAAUGACAUCAUCAUUCAGGGACACAGAGUGAUGCUUGGAGAGAUGAAGAUAACAGUGCACACUGUCUUUGGAGCUCAUGACAGUUUAGAGGCUCACGAUGAUGAUGUCACUGCUUCAUUCCUCAAUCAUAAAUGGAGCGAGUUUUACAGUCGGACUGGAAUACAGCCUGUGGACCUUUGGGGACCUGAGAAGACAAUGUCCUGCUGUCUCCUGGAUGCGCGAUUGUUCCCGGUGUUCAUGCCUCAUUCAGGACCCGUCGGACUGGAGGGGCUCAGUUGGCUGUUGGGGGGUCCUGGUCAACUAAAAAACUGGAGAGAUGCCUGGAGACUUUCGCUCCGAGAUAUUCUCAUCCUGACUGACCAGCAGAUUGAGCUGCGCUGGAGAGAAGAGCUGUUCUUUAAUGUGGGCCGAAAGAGAGUCGUGGACACUUUGCAGGGUCAUACAGAUCUCAGUUUGCUGGCGUUCUUUAGAGCAGCAGCGUUGGCCGGCCAACACGAGGAGCUGCUGCGCACGCUGGACUCGGUGGCUGCAGGCAGCAGUGGUGAUCUGGGCAUAGCUGCACGUUGUCUCGCCUGCAUCGCAGAUGUUCUCGGGUGUUUGGCAGGAGAGGGUAAAGGGGGUUUGCGGAGCGGUCCGGCUGCGAAUCCUUUAUGGGCCGCUGCCUUUAAACUCCUGGAAGAUGCAAACUUACCUGCAGGUGUGCAAGAACUGGCCGAGCAAAGAAACCGAUGGCUCAGCAGGCCAGAUUUGUUGGUGAGAACUGCCAGGCAUUAUGAGGGGGCGGGGCAGAUAUUGCUGCGAAAGGCGGUGAUGUCAGCUCGUAAGUUUGUGUUCAUUGGUCAAGGCGAGAUGCCACCCAUGGGUGAAUGGCAAGAAGUGGAGUGUCCUGCUCGACUGGAUCUGUCAGGUGGUUGGAGUGACACUCCUCCUAUUGCGUUUGAGCAUGGUGGAUUGGUGGUCAACGUGGCCAUCAAGGUGGAUGGCAAACGGCCGAUCGGAGCACGAGUUCGUCGCAUUCCAGAACCUCAUCUGCUGUUGGUCAGUACCAGCGGAGAACCAAACUGCAGUAUUACCACAGAAACACUCUGUGAGGUUCUUACAGACCUGGAAGACUAUUGCCAACCACAUGCUCCAGGUGCCCUGCUGAAAGCAGUGUGUGUGUGCAGUGAUGUGGUGUGUGUAUCGUCUCCUCUCUCACUGAAAGAUCAGCUGUUACAGCGCUGGGGUGGAGGACUGGAUCUGCGCAGCUGGUCUACACUGCCACAUGGAUCUGGUCUCGGCACCAGCAGUAUCCUGGCAGGUGCAGCUCUUGCUGCGGUGUACAGAUGUACAGGACGGAGCUACGACACAACGUCUCUCAUUCAUGAUGUGCUUUAUUUGGAGCAGAUACUUACCACUGGUGGUGGAUGGCAGGAUCAGGUUGGCGGUUUGUUUGGAGGAGUGAAGGCCGCUCGAUCCGUGGCUCAGUUGCCUCUGAGAGUUGAAGUUGAACAGCUCGCUCUCUCUCAAGACUUCCUGUCUGUCCUGCAGCAGCAUCUUCUUCUGGUUUACACCGGAAAGACACGUUUAGCACGGAAUCUUCUGCAGGAUGUGGUGCGCAGCUGGUACGCUCGAUUACCCUCCAUCGUACAGAACGCAGAACAGCUGGUGACCAAUGCAGAAGAGUGUGCUGAAGCCUGCAGACAAGGGUCUCUCUCCAGAUUGGGGGUCUGUAUGGACAGAUACUGGCAGCAGAAGAAGCUGAUGGCUCCGGGCUGUGAACCAGCAGCUGUGAGGAUGAUGAUGAAUGAACUUCAGCCUCUGAUCUUAGGACAGAGUCUUGCAGGAGCAGGAGGAGGUGGAUUUCUCUUCUUGCUCACACGUGAACCUCAACAGAAGGAAAGAGUGAAAGAAGUACUCGGCAACAUACAGAGCAUUGGUCUAUUCAGUGUUCAUUCGGUGGAGUUAGAUAUGGAUGGGAUCACCAUCAUUCAGAAGAGCUCUGAACAUCCUGACUGACAUCAGAAACUCAAAUAUGAUCCAGAAACACGUGAUCAGCAGACAACAUGAAUCUGAGUCAUUGCCUUAUAUUCUGUAAAUCUCAAACUUUAAAUUAGUUUCAUAUUAAUUUCUUGCAUCUAUUUUAAUAUUUGUAAUUCCAUGAAGAUUUUUAAAUGUAUAUAUGCAUUACUGUAAAAUUAUAUUUAAACAAUAAAUGCAAUAAAAACAAAACAA